AUGGCACCUAAGGCAGAAAAGAAAGUAGCAUCCAAGGCUCCCGCCGAGAAGAAGCCCGCCGGCAAGAAGACCGCCGCCGCCACCGAGUCCAAGAAGAGAUCCAAGACCAGAAAGGAGACCUACUCCUCCUACAUCUACAAGGUCUUGAAGCAGACCCACCCGGACACCGGUAUCUCCCAGAAGGCCAUGUCCAUCAUGAACUCCUUUGUCAACGACAUCUUCGAGAGAAUCGCCUCCGAGGCCUCCAAGUUGGCUGCCUACAACAAGAAGUCCACCAUCUCUGCCAGAGAGAUCCAGACCGCUGUCAGAUUGAUCUUGCCAGGAGAGUUGUCUAAGCACGCUGUCUCCGAAGGUACCAGAGCCGUCACCAAGUACACUGCUGCUGCCACCGCCUAG